AGCGUUCGUGAGCCUCGUCACCCCGCGCACACAGACGCCGCGCGAGGACCGAUAUCUACUGGAAUAGUACUCACGACCACGAGAACGAUAAGCGAGCGCCCGUCGGACUCACGUGUAUCGAGAAGAGAGAGAGAGAGAAAGAGAGAGAGAGAGAGAUACGCAAAUACGCAGACGUUACUCUCAGAGCAGCGCGUUCGAUGCGAAGAUAGCGAUAUCCCAAGACGAUCGCGGACGGUAGCGUAGCGCGUACGAGACGCGCGGCGCGGAGCGGAGCGGACGAAGCGGAGAAGCCGUGGGAGGCUCGGACGCGUAACCAGCCGAGCUCCACUCUGCUGCUGCUGCCGCCGCCGCCGCCGUCGCCUCCUCCUCUCACUCUCUCUCUUUCUCUCUCUCUCUCUCUCCUCGAACACCCGCGUCCGCCUGACCCGAGAGGGAGAGACUUCAGUAAGCUCGGAGCUUUCAACCGGUCCGUAGCCGUUCGCUGUCGUCGUCGAUAUCGCCGGAGUCGCGUCGCGUCGCGUCCCGGCGCGAAACGCUGUCUGCGAUACGCGACAGCGCUGGUGGAUCGUCGCGUGCAGCGAUCGUCCUGGACCCGGGAUAAUCCCUCCGCUCGGCGGAGGGGCUGUCGUUCGCGAAAUUCCCCCCGGGAACACGAAUCUCCGAAAUUGGAACGAAAGUCGACGGAACUUAUCCCGAGCGAGUGGAAACUGCCAGCGAGCAGUUAAUCACGAAAUAUGACACUGGCAGGACGGAGAGGUCCUUCGGAAGCUGGUGCUUCGGAGACGAGUAACAGCCUACCGAAUCGCUUCGAGACUCUAACUGACCUAAGAUCAGUUUAUUAUUAGAUAAUCGCUGAUCGGCGGAGAGCGUGAAGGUCUAAGCGGCAUCUGCUUUUCUCUCACGCGACAAUCCUGUCCAGGCGGAGGAAGGAUGAGGACGAGGAAGAGGAACUCGCGGGGACGUGCCGGUCGAUGCGGUUUCGAGUUCGCGAUCGCGUGUCAACGGGCUGCGCGUUGAUCCUGCUCCCGCACGAGAUCGCGGCGAUCCUCGAUAAAUAACUCGCGCGGGGCAAGGGGACGGCUCUUCUAUUUGAGGCCGACGACGUGGAGACGAUCGAAGCCGCGUGCGGAGGAGACGAUGAUCUCGCUCCCGGAAGCGGCUGGAGAUCCUCCCCUUUAGACUCGAUGUCGAUCGCGCGCGAUCGCGACGAUCCUGUCUCGUGCUCGCGCGAUAUCGCACGCUCCAAAAUAAAUUGACGUGAGAGAGAAAUAAAAAGAAUUUCUUGGUACGAGAAAUAACGCAAUAAGGUAAAAAGAUUAGAUUAAAAAAAAGGGGGGGGAAAGAAAAACGCGGUUGAGUUUAACUUUGGGAGAGGCAAAGCUUUCAUCCUCGGUCGUAAAUCUUGCGACGGGAAAGGCCAGCGAGACAAGUGAGAUGCCGUGCCGUGCUCUCGCAGGAUGAUACGGAGGCUGGGAAACACGCCGUGACGGAUAUAUCGAACGACGACGAACUUGAACGUGAAAAAAAAUACGCAAGUUACACGAGAUGCGUCUGCGUGAUCGUGAUGCGGCGACGGUCGCGCUUUUCGGCGAGCAAUCGGUUCCGUCCAGUCGAUCGCGAUUGAACGCUUUCGGGAGUAGUACGUCGUGUUCGAUGCACAACGAGCUGGACGAGAACGAAAAACGCAAUAGACCGAAUGUAUCCUUGACAUGCUUGAAUUAAAGAAAGGAUAUCGACGCGACGAAAGGAAGGAGGGCAUGUUUACAGAGAGGGAAUCGCUGGUGGAAUAAAAAUAAAAUGCGACUUUUGCGUACACCCGUACGUUCGAUGACGCUCGCGUUGAAGGGAAAUGGUGACGAAACGUCGAGGGACAUAGUGAUCUGUUGAAAUGACGUGUGCCCUACGUGGCCGACGAAGGACUCGAUUGUACGUGAAGGCGAGCGUUCACGUGCGCCAGGGAAUCGCGAAUGACAUUUUGCAGGAGUGAUGGCUAUUUCGGGCCGGACACGCGGGUGUGCUGCAUUUAUAAGACAUUCUUCGCGAAUGGUUUACUGCAGAUUAGUAUUUCCGAGACUCGCGGAGACGUACGUAAACACCGGGAAAUGAAAAGGCGACGAGAACGUAAAGCUUCCUCUCAUUCGCACGACUCUCCCUCGUCGCAUAACUGAACGUUCCUAUUGCGCUCGAUGCACGUUACAUUAAGGUGAUAUGGAAGCAGAAGACGAAGUGGAUGAUGAGUUGUCGGAGGCCGUCGACACGGAAGCAAAUCACAACAAUAAUCUCGAGAACUUCGAAACGAUGAAGAUCUCUACAAAAUCGGUGUCCGAGAGGACAUCGGAGAAGGACGAUUGUCCUUUAGUGCGCUCGUCCAAUCCCGAGCAAUCGGAAAUCGUCGGCUCCGCCGAUAGUCCCAAAAAGUUGAAAACGUCCGUGCGAUCAGAAUCAAAAGUACUCCUAAGUACAAGCAUAAAGACUGAUGUGGAGAUUGAGAUCGCCAGGUUGUGCAGAGGCAAGAGAGUCAGCUACCAGGAUACUAUACACGAGUACGACGAAGACGACAACCUCACCAUGGAUAAGGUCGGAAGAUAUCUGGAGGCGCAUCCUGCCAUGGUCGAAACGUGGCUGCGGGAGAAGGCGAGUCUCCAGCUUCGGCAGAAAUUACAAAACACGUGCAUUCUGCAAACGAUAACACCGAGCGUACCGAGCGCACACAGCGUGCAGCAAGAGGAGAGCCUGCUCAAUCGGAGUAAACGCAACAGCGUCACAUCCGAUCUCUUUCAGACCUGGCUGGCUUCGAGUUCACCCGCAAAGCGCAGCAGGAGCCCCAGCAAAACUUACAGUACGCUGAUGGAUCGUCGCGAGGAACUCGGUAGACUGGACGAAAGCGACCUGUUUAUGGAGUUGAUAAGGGACGUGGCGAACGAACUCGACAUAAACGUCCUCUGCCACAAGAUUCUGGUGAACGUCGGCCUACUCACUCAUGCCGAUCGCGGCAGCCUGUUCCUGGCGAAGGGACCCUUGGAGGACCGGUACCUGGUGGCGAAGCUGUUCGACGUCACUCAGGAGACCGAGCUCGAGGAAGCCAUUCAACGGGCUAAAAACGAGGAACUCAGAAUACCGUUCGGAGUCGGUAUCGCCGGUUACGUGGCGCAAACCAAGGAGAUUAUCAACAUCAAAGACGCUUACGAGGAUCCGAGAUUCAACAGCGCCAUUGACAUGCGAACCGGAUACAAGACAACGUUGAUUCUGUCGAUGCCGAUCUGCAAUUACGAGGGCGACGUCAUCGGGGUCGCCCAGAUCAUCAACAAGACGAACGGCAGCAACGAAUUUACGGACAGGGACGUCGAGGUGUUUCAAAGAUACCUCACAUUCUGUGGCAUCGGCAUACAGAACGCGCAGUUGUUUGAGCUGUCCGUACAGGAAUACCGACGCAAUCAGAUACUCCUCAAUCUGGCGCGGAACAUAUUUGAGGAGCAGAACAAUCUCGAGUGUCUUGUCACGAAGAUCAUGACCGAGGCGAAGGAGCUGCUCAAGUGCGAGAGAUGCGCCGUUUACCUGCUGGAUUUGGACUGCGGCGAAGCAGGGCAUCUCGAGAAAAUCGUCGAGCGGCCCGGGAGAUCGGUGCAAGAGAGCAGAAAGCCGUUAUCGAGAAGAGAGAGCAAUAACAUCGACAUGGAGGAUAUUAUUCAACAGCACACAUCGACCGAAGGUAGCAAAUUUACUAUGGUAUUUGAAAUGGAGAACGAAACGCAAGAAGCCCGGGUCUAUCGACCAAGCAACAACAAUCUAUCGAGUUCAUUGGGACAGAUUGCGAGAUACGUCGCCGCGAGCGGUCAAAUUCUCAAUAUUGGCGACGUCGCUACGUGGCUGAAGAAAGGUGUAAUAGAGAGCGGAAAGGAACCCAUCAGAAGUAUCCUAUGCAUGCCGAUCGUCAACGGACAGAGAAUCGUCAUUGGAGUUGCUCAAUUGAUCAACAAGGACAACGGUACAUCCUUCACCGACUCGGACGUGUCGAUAUUCGAGGCGUUCGCUAUUUUCUGCGGCCUCGGCAUUCACAACACGCAGAUGUACGAAUCGGCGUGCAAGCUGAUGGCGAAGCAGAAAGUAGCCCUCGAGUGCUUAAGUUAUCACGCGACCGCCAACAACGACGACGCUCUGCGGCUCGUCUCCGAUCCUAUACCGUCCGCGGAGACGUACAACCUCUUCAGUUUCACAUUCAUCGACUUCGACCUCACCGACGAGGACACGUGCCGCGCCACCAUCAGGAUGUUCAAGCAGUGCGAUCUCAUACAGAAGUUCCACAUACCGUACGACGUCCUGUGCAGAUGGAUCCUCAGUGUGAAGAAGAAUUACAGACCGGUAAAGUACCACAAUUGGCGGCACGCGCUAAACGUCGCGCAAACGAUGUUCGCAAUGCUGAAGACCGGCAAGAUGGAACAAUUCAUGACCGAUCUGGAGAUUCUCGGGCUCCUGGUGGCCUGUCUCUGUCACGAUCUCGACCAUCGCGGUACUAACAACGCGUUUCAGAUGAAAACCGAAUCUCCCCUGGCGAUCCUUUACUCGACCAGCACGAUGGAGCACCAUCACUUCGAUCAGUGCGUCAUGAUCCUGAAUUCUGACAGCAAUAACAUCUUUCAGAAUUUAUCGAUGGAGGACUACAGGCGUGUGAUGAAAGUCGUGGAGAGCGCCAUUCUUUCGACCGAUUUGGCGAUGUACUUCAAGAAGAGGAAUCGCUUCAUGGAAGUGAUCGACGAGGGCGAGUUCGAUUGGCAGAGCGAAGAGAAGAAAGAAUUACUGUGCGGCAUGAUGAUGACUGCGUGCGACGUGAGCGCGAUAGCGAAGCCCUGGGACGUGCAGCAUCGCGUGGCGAAGCUGGUGGCCGACGAAUUCUUCGAUCAAGGCGACCUGGAGCGCCUUCAGCUCAACCAGCAGCCGGUGGCGAUGAUGGACCGCGAGAGGCGAGAUGAAUUACCGCAGAUGCAGGUCGGCUUCAUCGACGUGAUCUGCCUGCCUCUCUACAAGGUCUUAUCGGAAACGUUCCCGUGGAUACUGCCGCUCUACGAGGGCACCACGGAGAACCGAAAGCACUGGCAGGAUUUAGCGGAGAAGGUCGAGAUGGGACUAACGUGGAUCGAUCGCGACACGAUCGAAGAACCAGUGGAGGAAUUCGUUUCUUACGAGCCUAAGGACAUCGAGUUCACGGUCACAACCUUAAAUUGCGCUCACGCCGACAAAAAGGAACAAAUGCCGGAGAGAUCGUCGCUCGGCAGGUUCGCCUCGUUGAGAAAGGGCGGACGUACGUUGAGUAAAGACGUCCGGCAUCGCAUCAGCAGAUCUCUCUACGCCAGAAGCAGCUCGGAGGACGCCGGCAAGUCUAAGGCGUUGCUCCCAGAGAGAAAGAAUCGGAAUAAGCUAUGCCUGCUCAUUUGACGGCUAACUUCGACGACGCUCGAGAGCAUCCCCGAAUGAUGGCCAACGGGUGGCGAUACUUGGAAAUAAGUAUUUAAGUACACAUCGCAGCUUCCAGGUCGCGGAAGAUGGAAUCUUUAACGUUGAGAUUACCUGGAAGCUGGAACCUGACAGAUCCGUUGGGCGAGCUGUCAUUGAAAAAGAGCUUUAGGGUACACCUAGAAGUCGCUCUUAGAGAAAUAACAUUGUCUGCUUCAAUUAUUAAGUCAAACUACUCUCGAAGGGUAGAAUCAUACCGAAUGGAUUGUUUCAACGAGGCUCUUUUAAAGCUGCUUUCAGUCGCAGCGAAAUACUUACGGGAAAUGAAUCCUUUGGGAGAACUCUUAGAAAAGAAAAAUUGCUAUUCGCACAGAUGAUCACUAUGUACGAUCUUUUAAUUAAGAAUGAUCAUAUUUGGUCAGAUUUAAGAUUCAUCGAAAUAAGAAGACACAAAAAAAGAAAAUGACUAUAAAUUUAGUAAUUUCUAAAAACCAGACUUUCCGUGCGAAGAAACGAGUUUAAUUAGAUCCUGAGAAAACUGACAAUAUCGACAAAAUGAAAUUGCAAUUAAGUCAAAGGUUAACUUUCAGUAAAAAAAAAGUAAAAUACCGAAAUGUGAUAAUUCAUAUUUCGACAAAAAAAAAACUGGUUUAAUUAUCGAAAAGUUUAUUAUACUUUAUCACUGCUCAUUUCAUGAUUUUAAUAAAAUUAAGAGAAUUAAGAAUCUUGAUAUUUUAUUUGACCGAAUUAGGCACAAAUUCGAAUCGAAGUACUCAAAGUUCGACGUCAUUAACAUGUAAACUUUAGUAUGAGCGAGAAAAAUAUAGAACUAAAUAAAUGCAUACAUUUACAUUUCGGGAAAACAUUCCCGGAAGAAGAAGGAAAAUACGCUCAAAGAAGAUGUUCUGUUGAUUCCGGUGCAUUUUCCACUCUCUCCAUUGCCAGACGUAGAAAAACGACGAAUCAAAAUACCGAAAUAAUUAACGAUAAACGGCGAAUCUUCGUAGGAAGACGAUAAACCACGUGGUCCGAGAAACAGAAGAGGAAAAUGAUCGGAAAGGGACAAAAGAGGAGUAUCCGAUGCGAUCUCAUGCGUCGGAUCCCGAGAAGACUGUUGCCCGUAGGUUUUAAGGCGAUAAUACGUAGACAUCGGUAUUACGUAAAACACGUAUGCUUAGUCGAUGGCUAGGUAGCUAGAGAACUUGACGGUCGGUCGUUGCACCUCACAACGACAUUGCUCAUAAUCGCAAUUCCGUAGAACGCGAGGAAGCGUGCUGUAUGUGUGAAUGUGUCGGGCGUCGUCGGAUGAUGAUGAUGAUGAUGAUAAUGAUGAUAAUGAAUUCAAUUUUGACAAUCUUUUUGUAUCACAUCUCGAUGAUAUUCUAGGCUAUACAGUUCGACGUACGAAGGGAUCGGUGACGGUGACGCUUACAGAUCGAAGACGUGCGAAUCGGACUCGCGGACACGCUGCUCCAAAAUACGGCAGUUUAAUCAGAAACGAGUGCAGUUUUAAUUGUUUUAUCACACCCUCCUUCAGAGCGAUCUCCGCGAUAACGAAAAAAAAGAGAGAGAGAAAAAGAGAGAUGCGUAAUCGUCUAAUCGAUACGAUUAAAAGAAAAAAACAACAAAAAAAAAGAAUUGUUCUCAAAUCGAUUUCCUCAUUUUAACUCUUAAAGUUUUUAGUAAAAUAAAUAAAUAAGUUCAAAAUAUUUCAUAGGUUCUAUAAAUAAAGAACUUUAAGUAGAUAUACAUAAAAAUAUUUUAAAUCUUGUGACAAAUUAAAAAUUUUGAAUUUUACGAGAGACGAAAGAAUCUCGUAAGCAAAUUUAAUCGCAUUAUGAAUCAUGUAAAUAAAAAAUUUCAGCGACACUAAAUUUUGUAAGUGGAAAUUUUUGAAACAGAGCGCAUUUCCAAUUUCGUAUGUAAAUAAAUAAAAAAAAGUUAUAUGUUCCUACAAGAGAAAGCAAGAUUUUUCUUUCAACGAAUUUGAAGCUGACUUGGAGAGUCGCAAAUACGAUCGCGUAAAUCCCGGAAUAUCUAUCCUUCGAUCUCUGCGUAUUUAUGUAAGAUCUUUAUGUGUACAUAAAGAUAGUGAGCGGUACUUUCAUGUUGUAUCGAUGUCUUGUAAACGGAGGCAGGAUUCAAACGCAACCGUAACGCAAUCCGUGACGCAAGCAUGAUCGCGAGUCCAUCGAUUAUUUUCGCAGUUCUUGUCGAGUUUUUGUCGAACCAUUGACCCUUCGGGAGAUCGGCGAGUUGCGCAUAAAUUACUUUUACGUUUUCAUUAUUCCAUCGUUAUACAUGUAUUCCAGAUCGAGCGGCUCCGAUCUCUGAGAGAUCAGAGCCCGUGGUAAUUUAACACUUCUUUUCUUUCGCGAUUGAUUAACGUUAACGCGUCAGUCGAAAUGCGGUCGUACGCACCGUGAAAAAUUUUUUAAUUGGUUAAACAGAGUGCUCUCGCGUUACUUUCCACGAAAAAUUCCCGAGCGCAAUUGUUUUCCGAGUGUGAGUCUGAGAGUUGAGCAACACGAGAGUGAGAUUGGUUUCUAGUCUUUUGAUAUAGCUGCGAAUCAAUAUGCCUAUCAGAAAUUGUUGCACAUGGUUAAAUAAAAUCUGGAUGUGCUCAAACA